CUCUGCUGCAGAUCUGCCACCAGCAGCGGACUUGCUGCCAGAGACCGCCGCGACGCACAGCCUGUCUGCGGCGCAUCUGCAGACAGUGUUUCCCGAUAGCGAAAGGCGUCGACUGUGAAGAGUACUUAAGAGAUCGAAAAGUCAAUCGCGAUUUACAAGUUGGUGCCCUCAUAUUUACAGAAUAAGUAUAAGUGAAUUUUAAGAAAUAAACAGUCCGACGGAACGGUGUAAACGUAUCUAUUAAAUAUUAACAAACUACAAAAUCGUCUCCACAGGUAGUACCUACACGAUUUUACUUUGAAGUUUGAGGUUCAUUUCCUGUUCUGACGGUUAAGCUUCCGUUUGAGCGGGCUUUGACCGGAGGUUAAUCUCUAGAAGGCGCGCACCGAGUUUUACCCAGAGAUAGUGUUCCUCACCGGUACCGACAGAAAACGACAGAGAAGACCUGCAGACCUGUCUUUUGUGCUUCUGGUUCUAAGUCAUCAACGCCCAAGGAUACAAUUGUAAGUAUUCAAUUUGAAGUUAAGAAUGUGAGCCACACAUUACACAAAUAUGACAAUUUAUAUGUAUAAAAGUAGUCCUAUCUACUAAGCUAGCAAGACUUGUCGGGAACUUACUGAACUUGUGUGAUGUAAAGUUUUGAUGAUACAUGGCAGUGUGUUAUUUUUUUAGUGUGUUAAUCAUGUAAACUCUAAUUUCAACAUCCAGGUAAACCAAUCUGUUGGAGCAUCCUCAUCCUCCUUGGCAAAUUUAAAACCGAAUCUUAGACUACCCCACUGGAAUAUCUUCUUCUAGUUUUGCUAGGUAGCUGCUCCUAAUAUGACUUGGAACUGUAAGUUGUGUUCAGCUAAUUUCACCACCAGGACACAAUUAUUUAAACAUUGUAGACUGAGGCAUAGCCACUUUUCAAGAGUUAGCCCACUACCAUGCCUCUAUGAUGAUUGCAUGUGCACAUUUCUAACACUUAGUGCACUGGGAACUCAUUUGUCAAGAUACCAUAUUCCAGAACAUAGAACCAGUGCAGGGCAGAGUCAGGAACCUGUAACAUUCAGGUGCCCUUUAUGCACAUAUCAGCACCCUUUUUCUGAGUCUGUACUCCUCAGUCACAUAAGAUCACACUUAAAAAAACACGAAAUGGUACUCUGCCCAUACAAAGACUGUAACUAUAGCACAAAUGUGUACUCUUCAUUCAACUCUCAUAAAAGCAGAGUGCAUCGAGCAAAUCUUGCAUCAGACUUUCGCAAUGACAUUGUCUCUGAGCAUACGCAGAAUCCUCAGUCCACUAGCUCCGAGGUCACUUGUGACUUGAAUGAGGAGUGUCCAGGUAAUAGCACUGACAUACAGGAUGAAGAGCAGCAUGAUAGCUUUGAACUAAAAAAUCAGCUCAAACUUAAUUUAGCGUCUCUAUUUUUAAAGAUGCAGGCUAUCCUUCAUGUGUCAAACACAGCCACACAGGAAAUAGUGGACAACCUGAAUCAGAUCUUCUCUUUAUCCCAGCCAUUGAUCAAGGGGGCAGUUAGUGAUAUAUUGGAGAGACAUGGUCACAAUAUCACAGAUUCCACACUCAAUGAAGUUGUCAGUGCGGUCAUGGACUCUAAUGUUGUAUAUAGUAGUACCUCCAAAGGUGCAGAGCUGUCCUCUUCCAAGCGAAGAAAGACAUUUGUCGAGCACAGCUAUCCAAUGGUCAUCCCGGUAGAGUACCAUUUAGAAGCAUCUGGUCAUACCAUCAUGUAUGUUCCAAUCCUUCAAAUGAUUCAGGAGUUGUUUAAAAACACAGAUAUUCUCAAGAAGAUUCAAGAACCUAAUUCUGAGCCUGGUCAUUAUGUGUCAUAUCGUGAUGGCUCUCAUUUCCAUGAAAAUAUGUUACUCUCAAAAGAAGAACUAAACAUAGCAAUCCAGCUAUAUAUUGAUGACCUUGAAAUUGCUAACCCUCUUGGCACAUCACGAAAAAUUUACAAAAUUUGUGCAUUAUACUGGGUCAUUGCCAAUCUGCCGCCCAAAUACAGAUCAGCAAUGCACACUAUACAACUGGCUGUGCUUGCUAAAGUAACGGACCUCAAGAAGUAUGGGUAUGCAGCUAUACUUGCUCCAUUUAUGCGAGAUGUUCACAUUCUUGAACAAGAUGGUGUGUUCAUUGAAUCGUUAGGUCAAAAUGUGAAAGGCACCAUCUUUUGUGUUUCUGCUGACAAUCUGGCUGCUCAUGGAUUAGGUGGCUUUAUAGAGUCAUUCAAAGCAGAGUAUGUUUGCAGAUUCUGUAUGGCCACAAGUGAACAGUUUCAAAAAACUGAAGUGAGAGUGGAAAAGUUUGUUCCAAGAUCCAAAGCCAGUCAUGACCUUCAUGUACAAAACGUCCUAGAAAGUGACAUUCUGAGCAGCCAAUUUGGUGUCAAAGGUGAUUGUGUCUUGCAUGAGACCCUGAACUACUUCCAUCAAAUCACGGGUCUUCCUCCAGAUAUCCUUCAUGAUCUUCUGGAAGGUAUUGUUCCCGUUGAGCUUUCUCUUUGUAUUAAAGAAAUGAUUCGGCUGAAGUACUUCACUUUAGAGUAUUUGAACCAAAAGAUAUCUUCCUUUCCAUAUCAGCACACUGAUAAAGUAAACAAACCUAAGCCUAUUCCUAAGACAUUCAUGACUCGGAGAACAAUCGGAGGUAAUGCGCAUGAAAAUGCCACUCUGCUCAGACUACUGCCAUUACUUGUAGGUAGUAAAGUGCCAGAGGGCAAUGUUGUAUGGGCAGUUUUGAUGGAAUUAAAAGAAGUGGUGGAACUAGCAUUGUGCCCAUCUUUUACUGAUGAAACCUUGGAUUAUUUUGUGUGCAAAAUCAGCGAUCACAGACAGAUACUGCAAGAGGUUUUCCCUCACUUUAGGCUGCGUCCUAAACACCACUAUAUGGAACAUUACCCCAACCUUGUUAAGUGCUUUGGACCCCUAGUACAUGUUUGGACGAUGCGAUUCGAGGCCAAACAUCGCUUCUUCAAAAGAGUGGUCCAUGACUCUCAAAACUUCAAAAAUAUAUUGAAAACACUCGCAAUCAGUCACCAGCACAUGAUGGCAUAUCAUCUUGGUGCACCCUCAUUUUUCAAGCCGAAAACCCAAACAUCCAGUGUUGAAACUGUCUGGGUUUCUGCUCUACCAGAGGUAGCUCAGGCUCACAUUAGAGGACUUACUGCUAAUGAUACUGUCUACCAUACAUCAAAGGUGAUAAUUGAUGGCAUCGACUAUAUCAGUGGAAUGUUUGUGUCAGUUGGAGUUAGUGGGGGACUGUCUAAAUUUUGCAAACUAGAACAGAUCUACCUUGUGAAUCAGAAUGUUUCUUUUCUCUGUUGUGAUUUUGACUCCUGGUAUGUAGAACAUCUUCGGUCUUAUGAGCUUUCAGCCACACAUUGCCUGUCCAUCCACCAGCAAUCUGAUUUCAAUGAUUCUGUCCCACUCUCUGCAUACCAAAUAGAAGGAUUGCUGCUGUUGACUCCGAAGAGGUUCCUACAAGUGAGACAGAAUUGAGACUACUCAUUGUGCAAUGGCAGCUGAACCUUCAGAAAUGAUCCUCCGUGUCAUUGAGGCAGACCGUGUUAUAAAAUUAAAACUCAGCUCCCGGCCUAGCUCUGUUGACCAACUAAUCAACAUUUUGA